AUUUUAGAAAGAGAACGUAGAACGCCAUGGUCACACAGGAUAGAGCCACUGUCAGGUGAAGUCUGGUCCCAAUCACAGAUGCUGUUGAGCCAAUAACAAAGACAAUCAAGGCACCAAUUCCUAUUAUUCCUAUUAAAUACCUUUGAAGAACACCCCCCAGACCCCUCUCUUCUCUGCCAGCAGCCAACCCUUCACUCGAGGCACUUUCUUCAGUAGUUAUACAUGAGCGACUUCUGUAAACAGGCUGAUCAGUGGAGCUCGAAAUACGUCGAUUUGAGUGCUACUGGAAAGGAAGGACUAAUGGAUCGACGAGCAAGCAGCAUCACAGGAACAGAAGGAAUGCUGGAAGCAAAGGUGCUUCCUCAGCGGCCAGGAUUUCGACACCACCGAAAAGAGAACUAUGUGUGCCGAGAGCCCCUGUCCCGGCAGUCUACAGAGUUUAGUGAGGUCCCGGAGGGGACUCAGACCCAGUCCCAGCAGCCGCCCAGGGUGAAACUGAAUGGCUCCACUGUGGAAACACCCAGCCACCACGACCUGCACCGCGAACUACUGCUCAGCACCAAACGAGGCCUGUUACCGGGAGAGAAGCCUGAGCUGAAGCGAGUCCUGGAACAGAGGAGGCUGGAGCAGCAUAGAGAGCAGGAACUGGCUCUACGGCCUCCUUUAGAACUGGAGACUGAACUACGCAAGAGACAGCAGAUACUGCUGGAGUAUGAGCAGGAGGAGAUCAGGCGUCGAGAGGAGCAGGAGAAAGGUGUCCCUGAGUUUGUUCGCGUGAAGGACAACCUGAGGCGCACACAGGUGUCUGGGCAAUGAAGGCCACAUGAUGCUCUGUCCCUUCCCAUCACCCCCCGCAGCCUCCCACCACAAAGGCUCUGGCUGGGGCCCGUUUCUACACCCAAGAGUCCAAAGACUGCACUUCUACGCCUCCCUCACCACAAUGGUUCUGCCAUUACAAUGCGACCACCCUCCUGUUUCACCUACCACCAACCUCCACUGUGCCCCAUAACCUACAGCUAUAUGAUGAGAGUCAACUUCACUGCAGCAAGUUACUGAAAAGACUACCACUAGGACUGAUAUGCAUCUCUUGCUGGACUGUUUAUACUUUGUGAAAAAAGCUAAUAAAGAAUCAAAUAAGAAAAUGUGUGAAAUAUAAAGCAAUGUAGGAACUGGUCAGUAGGUUUCAAUGUAGGAACUGGUCAGUAGGUUUCAAUGUAGGAACUGGUCAAUAGGUUUCAAUGUAGGAACUGGUCAGUAGGUUUCAAUGUAGGAACUGGUCAAUAGGUUUCAUGUAGAGAAUGUGAGUGAAAGCGCAUAGGUCUACUGUAAAUUAUGUGUAUGUUCAGGACAAAUAUUUUGUUCUUUAUGAAUAGAGUCAUUAUUUUUGUAUUAUUUUACUAGGAACACUUUGUUUUGAAGUCUGCAUUCAAGUCAGUCACUUGGUUUACAGCAGCAUAGUGUCAACAUGUAAGUGUGUUCAUUUUUGGGUUUGUUUAUUUCUUUCAAAGUCCAUAAAUUAAGGAUAGGUUACUCCACUAUUGGACACAUGACAGUGACUGGAACUCUCGAUUUUGUCGUUAAAGCAUUGUCACUCAUAGCUAAACCACCAAUGACAGAUGGUAUUAGUCCUAUUUGUUUGAAUUAAUUGUUUGCCUGUUCUUGUUGCUCCUUUUCUUUUUAAGCAAUGUGUUUAUCAAGAAGACAAUAAAGAUUUCCAGGAUUA